CCUUAUAUUAUUAUUCAUCAGAAUCGUUUCAAUGUGUCUCUCUCAUCUUUCAUUUAUUCAUUUAACUAUUUUGACUCUGUCAUGCGUUAAUUCUUUCAGUAUCUAACUCUUCUUGUUCUAAACGUAAUAAUCUUCUUGUCCGAAGAUGGCGUCUGGUUUUUCCGGUAGCGGCUCAGAUUUCUUCUCCGGCCUGGCAGCGGGUAGAUCCCUAAAUAACAAUCAGUCUGGGUAUAGAGCACAGCUUUCUCAAAUGUUUUUAGACCAAACUGGGCAGAUGACUCAGACUCACCCACCACGAACCACCACCAACAACAACAAUUUAACCGCUCAAAGCUUGAUCGGAAAACGAUCGCUUGCUGAUUUUCAAGCGCAUCAUCAGCAAAACUAUCAACAGCAAGGUAACAUAAACCCAGCGCUGAAUGGUCUUCUUCUACGGUCAGUUAAGCCAAGGAUGUACCAACACACAUCUCCAAUAUCAACUCUUUCUCCGAUCGAAUUCUCAGCCAAUUCCUCGCCGGAAUUGCCGUCUUUUUCGUCUCAUCAGCGUUAUGGGGUGCCUCUGCUUCAGCAGCUCAGGCCGCAGAACAUUAAUCUUGGGUCUGGAGGAGUACCCACCAUUCACUCUGUUAAUAAUCACCUCUCAUCCGGUGUGCUUAAUUACAUGAACACGCUCCAACAUAGUAAUCGCGGCGGCGGUGGAGGAGGAGCGGUUAACAAUAACGGAGGACAAGACACGCAAAAGAAGAUGAUGGAUACAUUACAAGAGCUAGAAAAACAGCUUCUCGAUAAUAACGAGGAAGACGAAGGUGACGCAGUUUCCGUUAUAACUAACGGUACUGACAGCGAGUGGUCGGAAACUAUACAGAAUCUCAUGACUUCUUCGAAUCCAAACCCUAACCCGAAUCCGAACCCGAUUUCUCCAUCGCCUACAUCUUCCUCCUCCUCGUCAUCAACUUCAGUAACGACUCCAGCUCCCAAUUGCUCUAAACAAACACUAAUAGAAGCUGCUUCAGCCAUUUACGACGGCAAAACUGACACCGCCGCUGAGAUCUUGACGCGUGUCUCUCAAGUAUCAAACCCAAGAGGUAAUUCUGAACAGAGGUUGAUGGAGUAUAUGUGUACGACUCUCAAGUCUCGAGUUAAUUCUGCUGAUAAUCCACCUCCGGUGACCGAGUUGUAUGGUAAAGAACAUAUUUCGUCAACUCAGUUGCUUUAUGAGCUCUCUCCAUGUUUUAAACUCGGGUUUAUGGCUGCUAAUCUUGCGAUCCUCGAGGCCACGGUGGACCAAUCUACAAGCGUAAUCGGUUUUCAUGUGAUCGAUUUUGAUAUUGGCCAAGGCUGUCAAUACAUGAAUUUACUCCACGCGCUCUCUGAGCGGUUGAACGGGAAGCCGGCGGUAAUCAAGAUCACGGCGGUUUCUGAUAAUGGUGUGGAGGAGAAAGAGAGGUUGAGAGUGGUUGGUGGCACACUGAGUCAACUCGCUGAGAAAUUCGGUGUUACGUUACGUUUUAAUGUUGUGAGUUGUAAACUUACUGAUCUGAGUCGCGAGUCAUUAGGUUGUGAACCUGAUGAGCUUCUGGCUGUUAAUUUCGCCUUCAAUUUGUAUAAAAUGCCUGAUGAGAGCGUAUCCACGGAGAAUCCCAGAGAUGAGUUGUUGCGGCGCGUUAAAGGAUUGGCGCCGCGCGUGGUGACGUUAGUGGAGCAAGAAUUGAAUACAAAUACGGCGCCGUUCAUGGCGCGCGUGAAUGAGACAAGCUUGUAUUAUGGAGCAUUAUUCGAUUCGAUUGAGUCGACAGUGCAGAGAGAUAACACGGAACGAGUUAAGGUAGAAGAAGGACUGGGUCGGAAACUCGCCAACUCGGUUGCUUGCGAAGGUAGGGACCGCUUGGAAAGAUGCGAGGUAUUUGGGAAGUGGCGGGCCAGAAUGGGAAUGGCUGGGUUCGAGUUCAAACCACUGAGUCAGCACAUAGCUGAGUCGAUGAAAUCACGGCUGAAUUCUGGAAACCGGGUUAACCCGGGUUUUACUGUAAAAGAAGAGAAUGGUGGGGUUUGUUUCGGUUGGAUGGGGAAAACUCUGACAGUCGCGUCUGCUUGGCGUUAACUUCACUCUCUCUUUUUUUCUCUAAUAGUAUAUUAUUAUUAUUAAUUGUUGUUAUUACUAUUAGUAUUACUAGUAAUUCUUAACUUUUUCCUGAGAAAUGGAAACCUAAAGCAAGAGAAAACAAAAUCAAAAUAAAUAAUAAAAAUGAGUGAUUUAUUUAGAGAAAAAAAGAUAUUUGCUUUGGUUUGCAUUGUUAUGAUUAUUGUUAUGAUGUUGUAUAGUGUGAAUGUAUAAAAAGCCUAAUAGUUUGGUAAA